UGCUAAGAAACGUCAUCGAUACAAGCUGAACGUCGACGAUCAAGUGAUCAAGUGUACUCGGAAGAGUCAGAUGUGUGGUAAACGGCAGGAAAAGUCGCGAUCUGUCGUUUUGUAGCUUCUUAUCGUACACGUUUCGAAGUUUUUAUCAGAUACAUUUAUCGCAUACAUUGUUUUCGUUGCUGACGAUCUUCUGAGACAUUAAUUCGCGCCGAGACGUGCACCAACUGUCCGUAUUUCUGCACAAAACCAACGACAGGGUUAUGAGGCUCAAAUUUCGAAGUCUCGCUAUUAGUCAAUAUUUUUUCAGUGUUUAUAAUAUACUUUCUGGACUAUACGAUGGCUGAGAAAUGUAAGGAAUGUGGGUGUAAAUGUGCAAAUUGCACUCAGAUUGAUCAACACUGUGACAUGCAUCUGCAUGCAGAAAUAGAGAACUUACGGCAACACCUAAUGGAAAGGGAUAAUCACAUUGCAACAAUGGAGACACAAUUCUUGAAUGAAGCCGAUAAGUUUCCAAAUGGAGAAUUGGCAUCAAUGAAAGAGGAGCUUUUAAUCUGGGAGGAGAAAUAUUCCAGGCUAUACGAGGCUCACAAACGUAUUCAAAAAGUAAAUCAAAAUCUCGAGGAUAAAUUGUUGAGGAUUGUAGAUAAAUGUGAAACAGAGAAAAGUGCAUUUACCAAGGAUAUUGCAACUUUGUCCCACAGAUUAGCAGAUGCAAAUUAUACCAUACACAGAUUAACUCAAGAUAAUGAAAAGUACAGAAAUGAUGUGAAUCUAGCAAUACAACUUCUUCAGUGUAAACCUUCAAAUUUUGUUGGUCAUAAAUAUGAUUCUCUACCUUCUGAAGUACAAGCCAAAGUUAGAACAUAUGUUGCACAAAAGAAACGUUCAAACGAUAAUCCUCCAGAUGUUAAAAGUAUUACAGUACCAAUUUCAACAUUUCCUCCAACAGCAAUGGUAUACAAUGUAACUAAACCAGCAGUGGAGAAAAAUAGCGAUGAUGAUAGUGAUGAAUCGAAGCCUCCAGUAGACGUUGUGUCAGCUGCAAUAAUGGCUAAAGUGUUAGAAGACCGUGAGAAAGAAAGGAUAUUCACAAAACACUGUGAUACGUGCACUUGUCACAGGAGUAUUCUGAUGAUAGAUGCAGAAACUCAAACUACCGUGCAAGACGUUUUUUCUUGCAAUGAUUGUGCUAUGAGGUAUGCACAAAACGUAGAGAAAAAUGCUGAAAAAAAUUGCCAAACUAAAGAAAGUCAAAAUUCUAAUUUACAUAUAGCUUACCACGAGGUAAAUGAAAACAUUAGUAUUAGUAAAAUGCAAUAUCAAAGUAACUGUACAAAGAAUACUAGUUGUCAACAUUUAAGCACAAAAGAUAAAUUUCUAAAUAGAAAUGGUAAACUAGAAAGCGUAAAGGAAGAUGGUCGCGCGAGCGUUAUUACAAAAGCUUCGUUAAAUAAAAAGAACUCAAUCCGUCGAAACGAUUUGCAAAUUCAAAAUGUUUUGCAAAGUCAGAGCGAAAAUACGUCUAAACAGAUGCCUCAAAAACUCGGUGAAUCGUGUACCAGUAGCAAACCGAAUUUUGAGAAAGGAAAAUCGAUGAAACCAUACAAAAAGUGCGAGUCUCAAAUCGACGGUAAAAUCAAUUCAAAUUGUUGGAACAAAUUGGACAAGAAAUCCUCUAAUCAUAGUCAUAUAGUUCCUGAAAAACAUAACAGUUAUUUUGAUGGGAAAAAACAGAGCCACGUUGAUAUUAUUAAUGAUAGAUUGUGGAAGAAUGAGUGGACGAAAUUAAAGUCUCAGGCGGACAAAAAGGAUAAUAAAAACACGGAAAAAGUCAGCAGUCAUACCGAAAUUGAUAUUAUUAAUGACAGAGUCUGGAAAAAUGAUCGAUCACCGCAAAAAACGCAUCAGUCAACGCAAUUGACGUUAAUAGAAGUAAAGAAUAUUGAUAACAAUUCAAACCAAAAUGACUCUGGACAGAUGGAAGUGGCCACUAGUCCCAGUUUCAGUAGCGAUAGUAUAGUAAUUUCAACUUCUGAUCCUUCUAGCAGUUCCAGUGACGUUGUUCAGUCCCUUGGCGGGAAAAAUUUGCAUAAUAUCGGCAAUUCGAAACCCGGUAGCCAAAAUCGAAUAACUGGUCCAAGGAAUUGUCUCGUGAGAGUCACCCCUGGAUCCAAAAAUAUUCUUCUAGAUAAUGCUGGACAUUAUAAAACUGUAUUAUACACUAGCGGAAGUAACAAGUCAAACACUGCUUUAGUUCAUUCAAAGAAAUUAUCUCGAUCCGGCUCCGAGAGAUCAAUUUCCACCAGUAGCGAGGAAAGCUCACCAAUGUUGCUCCAUGACAAUAAUCAGUUACAAAGAGUAGCCGAAUGGGUUCAGUCAUCAGUGCACAUGGAUAAUUCUGUGUUAAAUUACACGAAAUUAAAGUCUAAUGAGAAUAUAAUUGGUAAGAGUCCUUCGUUAAUGUAUUUAAACGAGUCUCAAACGAAGUCAAAGCUGCUUGAAGAUACGCGAAGGUUAUAUGAAAAUAUUCAAGAAAAUAAACAUGAAGAUCUAGUGACAGAUGUACAAGAUUUUGGUAAAAAGAGUUUAACAAAUGAUGUAAAUCAUUUUUCGCCAUGUUUAACUAACAUAGAACCGGAGAAAGAGAAAGAUUUGAUAACAUUCGACGUUUCGAACGAGGAGGAAAAAGUUGUGCCGAAGAUUUCCAAUCAAAUGGACAGUGUUGAUUUCGAUUACGAGGUUAAGAUUACUAAAGAGAUGGAAGAAACUUACUUAAAGCUUGCAGCAAGCUUAGAUCCUGUCGCGUUGAGCUUGUCGAGCGUGGACAGUGCGGACUUGACGAUCGAAAAGUACAGGAAAGAUCACAAACGAUUUCAGAGGAGCCACGAUAAGGCGGGAUCAAAAGUAUGAAGUGUCUCGCCAGAAAUAUUUCCAGAUGAUUAUUAUUACUAUCUCAGCAGGGAGUUCCUUUAAAAAUAACAGAGCGUUAUUUUUUGUAACUAAAUGAAACUAAGGCUGUACCAAGAUCAGUAGCUUAGGGAAAAAACAUUCUAUACACCACUGCAGACAUAGGAUUAUAUUUAUUUAAUUCGUAUAGUUGAUAUUAGCAGCUUUAUUGCGUGAUGAAUUUGUACACAGCAGUCACAGGAUAUUGCCGAUAUGUAAUUAUUUAGUAACCAAUUCAGUCGAUUAUUGUAUAGUUAAC